AUGAAGUACAAAUUAGAAAGAACGAUAAACGAUGCUAUCAUGAAAGGUUAUUUUCAUCAAGUUAGACUCUUGGUGGCACUGGGCUACAAUGUAAACCAGCCCAAUAAAAAAGGUCAAACCCCUCUGAUGUUAUGUGCCCUCAUACAAAACGACAACUGGUCUGUCGGCAUAGCCCGCACAUUGCUCGAAACACAUUUAGUUGCGGUUGGUAAAACUGAUUUUCGAGGCUUAACUGCGUUACAUUAUGCGUGUAUAUACGACAUGGAAGCUUUAAUAAAUGUUCUUUUGGAUUAUUCGGGUUUCAAUACUCAGGCCUUAGACCUGCUGCGUAACAGACCCAUGCAUUAUGCUGCCGUUACGGGAAAUUCGCGAAUCGUGCAGAUGUUACUUGGCUACGAAAUGAAGUUAGGAGUGAAACCAUCUACUUGGAUGACAGCAAACAUAGCAGGAAUGACUCCAGUCGCACUGGCCAAACGUUUUCAGAGAAGUGAUUGCUACGUUGUUUUGAAAGAUUUAACAGGAGAUGUUAAAUUUCCGUCAAAAAGAGACUUGAAAGAAAGCAGGAUGUUGAAUGAUUUCGCAUACGCAAAAAUGAUUAAGGAUAAAAAACUUUUCAAAAAGCCAACCGACGAAAAGUUGAUCGACAAAAAUAUGCCAUCCUGGAGAUUAAGGAUGAAAGUUAAAAUGGCUUCAAAUAGAUACAAAAUGUCUUCAUUUGAUCUCGAGAAAUCCCACUUGGAAAAUGUAAAAGACAUGUCUGUCCUGCCAAAAUAUUGCGUGCAUUACUCAUUUGAUUUCAAUUCUUUGAAUUAUCGGAACGAGCCAAUGUUUGAGGAAAAGCUAAUUUACGUCAGACCUGACAACUUGGAACCAGAAUCCGUUGAUGACGAGGAAAUAGCGAGUAACGAUUCCAGUCCCAAUGCAAUCAACCAAUCAUUUGCAAAAUCCAAAAUGUUCAAGUCUUCUUUUAGAACAAUACGACAGACAAAUAUAUUGCAAAAUAAAAGCGUCGUAAAAUCAAAAUUUGUACGUAAUAGUAACUUUGAGAACAAGAAUCGGUCAAAUGUUAAUGAUGAAAAAGAUGAAAAUGUUGAGAAGUCUGACGAAACAAAAUCGAAAAGCAGUACGGAAGAGUCUACGGUAGAUUAUUCGAAGGCAUGCAAACGUUACGAAAUACAGGAUGUUGUGUUUGAUACUGAGGCAGAUGAAAAACAACAGCAGGAAAACGAUAGAGAAGACGACUCAGAAGAAAAUAAUAACGGAGAGGAAGAGAAGGGUGAAGAUGAAGAUGAGGAAAAAGAGGAAUCUUCUGAUCAUUCCGUAAAAAUUACUCAAACAAAAAUCAAAGAAAUAGAAAAAAAAGACAACAUGGAAGAAGAUGAGGAAGAAGAGUGUCCAUCUGAUGUACCGUUCCUAGAUGAGUUCGGGGGAUUUUAUACAACUGAAACCGCCUACCGACAUUCAACGAUACCCAAACCAUUCUUGCAGAACUUCAGAUACAGAUGCAUCCAAGAUAGAAACAAACUUCGUUGUUUGUGUAAACCACCACCGGGAACAAUAACCAACGUCGAAGAAAAAUUCGGCCGAAAAAUAGUCAGCAGGUAUCUGGCGGCGGUUCUCUUGGAUGUUAUUCUUCCAGCUUACGAAAAAGGUCCACCAUUUUCGAAGAAAUGCGAAAAAUUGAUUGCAUGGGUCUACGAUAAUGGCCUGUUGAAUCGAGAUCUGAUGAAAGAAAAUUUAAUUGCAGGCCACAACAUGAUGGAAACCAGGCUGUGCGAUUUGUACGCAAGGGAAUAUAGAAAAGUCAGUAUAACAGACUCAGAAGACUACCCGUUAUGCAGCACCGAUCCUAGAUCCAAAUUCUGCCGACAUGUAAUCGAGAGGAAGAAAAAGAUGCCCAAGCCGUGUUGUCUAACAUGCCGAAAAACAUUCCUGAUGGAUAACAAGGAGCCAGAAGACAAGACGUGCAAGGAUUGGACUGGUGACGACAUAGUAAGCCAGCUGAGAUACCAUUAUGGCUAUCAGAAGAGCCACAGUUACGUAAAAUCUUUCGUCCGGACGUAA